UUUUUAAUGGUACAUUCAUCACUAUAAAAUGGCCGCUGUUGCAGCAAGUGCAUGAAAAAUAGAAAUUAUUAAAAACAGUCAAGUGCAAAGGAAUUUGGAAACGUUACCAUAGUAAUAGACACAUAAUAGCACUUGGAAUAUGGCCGAAGUUAGUGACACGGACUUAGAUGUCCAGCAGAAGCAUAAAGUGGCAGUAGCAUCAGAAAUAAACAGCAUAGUACAGGAAGAAGAAGCAGAAAAAGCGGUCGCAUCCGAUUCCAAACAUGAAGAAAAGAAAAUUUUGUGCGACGAUGGUGAGGCAAAAGCCGAUAAGCUUGAUGAGUUGAGCUCAUUGGAGCAGGAAAUAGCCAAAAUGCACAACAUUCAGCAUAACAUAGAGUCGGGUCAAGAUGAAGAAGAGGAAGUGAAGACGGCAGAAGUGAAUGUUGAAGCGGCAAUCAAAUCAGAAAAUGGCAGUGGGAGCAACCAAGAUGGACAACUUAAAGAUGAUAUAGUGAAGUCAAAACGUUGUACUCCUGUCAACAAAACGCUUGUCAAGGAGGAGCCAGAGCCAGCGACGACAUUGGAGGAAGUUGAUCUUAUUGCUCUGUUAAAGGGCACCGAUCAGGAACAGGAGCAGGAGCAAACUGAUGAGCCACAAAAAAACAGUAUUGAGCUGGCUUUAGCUGAACUGGAUAAUGUGGGUGUUACUAUCGAGGGUGAGGGACAAUAUGAGAUCAUGGAAAUUGAUGAUGAAGACAAUAUUAGUGGACCCAGUCCUGAAUUGUUGUCAACUGCGAAAAGCAGUGCAAGUGCCUUAAAAAUUGGAUCCAAAUUUUCUGUGGGUAAGACAAAACUGUCUCCGGAGCAAGCGAGAGCCGUCGCACUCGAGCAAAUGGCGGACCUAAAGGCCAAUAAAGCACGACGCAAAGAGCUGGCGAACAACAAGCAAAAAGAACAGCAAAAGUCGCAAGAUAUCAUCAGCUCGCUGAAUGAUGAUUGGAACGAGUAUGAUAGUAGCAGCGAUACAGCAUCUAACUCAAACGCAAUCACCAACGAAAUGCCUGUUACAAAGAAGCCGCUCGUCAAGAAGGUCAAAUCAUCAAUUGAUGUGCCUCAUAUGGUGGGCAGCGUUAAGGUAAUGUUGAAAUCUGUUACCGCGAAAAGCCUGGAAAAGCCAAAACCACCUGUAGAGCAGCCCAACAACAAUGCAGAAACCCCAGGUUUCAAGCGUACGCGUGUUAUAAAACGUAAAAUUAUAUGGGAUCCAGAUGUGCCUGAAACGCAAAAGUCCUUUGCGCAGUAUGCAAGUCCAAAGGCUAACACAAAUUCGACAACAAAUGUACAAACAACAAUAUCAACAAUAACAACUACAAGUACAACAACAUCGGUACCACCUAAAGCAAGCAAUACGGAAACCGUGUCAAAGAAGACGCGACCGUCAACGCCGAAAGAUCCGCAGAAGGUGUCUGCUAAACGUUCCGUCACACCCGCCAAAUUGGCCGAAACGAAUGCUGCGUCGCCACCCAAGCGUCGCUCACAAACACCGAAUGUGCCCAAUGGAGCCGGUAGCCAGGCCAAGAAGAAGAAAGUGACUGAAAUUGAUCGACUGAUGGGCGAUGAAGGCGCCGCUAAUAUGAUGCAAGCUGUGGAGCGUGAACAACGAGAGCUAAGCGGCGGCGAGUCAGCCAACAAACCGCUGAUGCGCAAGCGAGCACUGACACUAACCGGCAGACUACAAAAAGCAGCGACUGCAAUUGCAGUUGAACCUACGAGUACCCCAACGCCCACUAAAAAAGAAACCCCACCUAAAGCCGGAAAGCGAAAAGAAGCGGGCAACAACUCAGCUGCCGUCGAAGCUGUAUUUGCUAAAGCGACAAAGCAACGUCCGUCCGAUUCCUGGGAUUAUGUGUACAAGCAGCGUGCCAGCGAGGAAUCCAUGAUAAUGCGCCGGCGUUCCAAUAGCUCGUACUCCAGCAAUGCCUCUGUAAAUCGCUCAUCGUUGGAUAAUAAGCCUGGCACUGUGGCUAGUUUAUCGGAUGAUGCCGCCGAUGCAGCAGCAAUGGAUCCAUCGUUUAUCUUCCUGAAGCCGGAGAAUAAAGCAAACCAAAGAAGCGAUGGCGCCGCCGCACCGCAAACGCUGGCCAAUGACCUUAAAAGAGGAGCAUUGCAGGCGAAGGAUUUGAAAGCAACCAAAGUGGAGCUGGUGACUUUGCACAAGCUCGAAAAGGUUACUCAAUUGGUGAUCAAUACGCAGCUGACCAAAACGGGCUAUACGUACAAAGUACAAUUGUUGCAAAAACUUAAUGAAAUGUUAAACAAAUUGGCCAAAAGCAAUGACUGCAAUACAGUGCUGCUCAGUGUGCAAGGUCAACAGUUUUGCCAGGGCAUCGAUUGCCAGGAAUUACUGGCUGCCACACUUGAAAAGCGAAAAAAUAAUGCCACUCAAUUGGCAUUGGUUUUAAAAACAUAUCUGCGCACUUUGGCUACAUUCCCCAAGCCUCUGAUCGCUGGCAUUGUCGGAAAUCUCAAAAAUUUGGGCGUCAUGCAAUUGCCACUGUUCGACUAUGUUCUGGCAGCUGAUGAUUGUUGCUUUGAAACGAACUAUGCCAAGCUUGGACAGCUGCCGGAAGGCUUUGCCUUCUGGCACAAACACCAAAAGAUCGCCACACAAGUUCAAACGCGUUUGUUUUUACUGGGCGAACGCUUGCACACAUCGGACGUGAUUGAUUCACCGAUCAGCUUUAUAGACAAGGCCUGUAAACCGCGCAACGUAAACGAGGAGGCUCUGGCGGUGGCUAAACUCAUUUCCAACACCACAGCCGAGCACUAUCGUUCACUCAAGAAGCUAAACCAAACGGCCAAUACGGCGUCCCUGCAACGCCUCGAAGCUGAGUUUAAGAUCAUAACUGAGCAAUGGUUAUCGGCCAAUUUUCAGGCCAAUUACAAACGUUAUGUUAAUGAUGUGGAAUUCUAAGAUUGUUAUUAAGGUCCUAUCAACCUACCUACCAAAAGGUAGUAUGUUCUUUUAGAAAAAACAACAAUGAACAGUAAAUAAAACCUGCGAAAUUUCGUAACUAGUUAAAU